AGCAACAGCAGGGAUAGGAGGUUAGAGGUGAACAUUAUGGUGCAAUAGUGUAUUGUAGAGAGGAAAAAUUAAUAAUACAGUGCCAUUGACAAGCAGUGUGUGUGAUGAAGCAGAGGAGAAGGAGGACCUACGAAGCGAUACAAAGCGAUACAGCUCAAAAGAAGAAGUUGCUGCCAGGUCAGUGUGCACCGGAGGAAACGUGACGUGUGGGCUGGGUCCCCCCCCCGCUGCUGGCCGCUGUGUUGUUGGUGGCCGCUUCCCCGUCGCCCUGGCAACCAGCAUGGGGCGCCUGGGGAGGCUGAGUGUGUGUCAGAACUCAGAAAAGUGUCAGUGAGGGAAGGGACUUGGUGUAGGAGUGACGAGGGCAUGGCGGGAGGCGGCAGCGUGGCGUGGAUGGCACCAUGAGCCGCCCCGGCGGGGAGGCAGCCGGCGACGUACUCAGCGGGAGCCACCGACGGCAGAAACUUUUGAAGGAGGUGUUCGCCCACGACUAUAGCGUUACCGAGGAAGAAGUGGCCGAAUACUGCGAGAAGCUUGGCAUCGACACUGCGGAGGAGCCCCAACUGGUGUCCUUGGCUCGAGCGGCACUGCUCCACCCGCUUCCCUCACACUGGACACCUGUGGAGGACCCCCAACAGGGCCUGUACUUCUUCAACCGUCUGACAGGGGAGAGUCGCUGGAGCCACCCGAUCGACACAAUCGUGCAGGCCCUCGUCGCGGGGAAAGACCCGUGUGCAGUAGAUUCUUCAGCAGAAGACUUUGACGCAGAGGAACUCCAGAUCUCUGAAUACCUGAAAAUCCACCUGAGCGACGACAAGCCAGGCCACGUGGACAGCGAGACCAACCUUCUGUCCGACCACACCACCGAUGCCUUCACGCUCACCAGCCAGUGCCUCAAGGCCGCCGACAAGUCUGCGGUAAAGCCACCGAAGACUUCCAAUCGCACUGCCUCCGCUGGUAGUGAUUUUGAGGAGGUCAGACAAGAUCCCCGAAACAAUAGUGAAGGCGUUAAAGACGAUGUUAAUAUCAGGGAUAAGAACAGUGCCCCGUCUGAGCCUUUAGACAGGCCUGAAAGCAAUGUUCACGCUAGCGGUAAGACGGAAAAGGAUAUUUGUGGGGAUGUGAGUGAACCGAGCCAUGAGACUGAACGUCGCAUUGUCAGUAGUGUCGAUGAAACGUGCGGCAAAAAGUGCGUAAACGGUGAAGUGACUCCGCCAGGGGAUACGGACUUGAAUGCAGAGGAGGAGGACUCGAAGCAGCGGACCGAGCAUCAAGAACAGGGGCAGAGUGUGAGUGGCCCGCAGCGCCCCUCCACAGCCUUCAGCCACUCCAGGGACCCCGUUAUGUUCCCAGGAAGAGAUGAUCCUCCUCGGGGUCUUGGGCGAGCGCCGCUGGGAACGCCAUCAUCCCUAGCUGGGCCUCCUCCCCUCGGCAGACCUCCCUUGGGUGCUCCUCCCAUGGGAGGCGCCAGAGUGCCUCCCAUCGGUGGGCAACUUACCCCUCUGGCACCCAUCGCCGCGGCCAGCAGGGGCGGCCCGACCCAUCUGGCCCCUCUGAAGCCUAUUGGGUCCAGCGGCCAGCAUCCCGCCUCGCCAGCCAGCAGGGAGGGGCAGGCACCCUUGCCUUUGAGGAGACCAGGCACCCAAGAGCAACAGGGGAGGAGCAGUGGGCGGCAUGAGGAGCAGCAACCAGGACAGAGAAAAGGAGGGGAGACUCGGGGGCAAGGCGAUGGCACUGACCGGGGCCUUGGCUCACCCCCCAAGUCUAUCCUCAAAGGCCCUGUCUUGGCAAGGGGCACAUCAGCCAGGGGACAGCUCCAAGGCGGCACAGGGAUGGACCGCAUGCAGCUGCUGCAGCCCAAGGAAACCAAGAACAUUCGCUUCGACUUCAUGACAGAUGACCUGGAGUUCCAUACAUCAGAAGAGGAGUAUGAUGAAGAGCUGGGUGAAGAGGUGGAGGAGGAGGAGGAAGAGGAGGAAGAGGAAGAAUAUGAUGAGGAGGAGGAGUAUGAUAGUGAAGCUGAGGAUCCUGAGGAGGAAGAGAAUUUUCUACAAGGAAGAGUCUUGGAUAAGGAAGGCGGUGCAGCUGGACUGAUGCUACAGGAUGCCUCACAUCUGAUGGCAUCCAAACCUGCUCCACUGCCACUGAAGCGACAGCCUGCUCUGCCCCAUGGACCUGACCCUUGGGCUGCUGAGCACUCAGAAAAGCCUAAGCCAGUAGAAAAGACUCAGGAUCCCCUUCGAAACUUCAGAGAGGAGAAAAAGAAUGUUGGUGAAAAAGAAACUCAAAAACAGCCUGAAACAAAACCUUUGAAGCCCCCAGCAAAGCAACAGCCACAGCAGACUCAGCCUGUUGAGGUAGUUCAAAACAGACCAAAGGCAGUUGACACACAGGCAUCCAAAGGGACUGGGGACACACAUAAAUCAGGCAGUAGUGGUCAGACAGCACAAAGCCAACAGAAGAAAUCAAACUCUGGAAUUUCUUCAGAAAACAAAGGUCCACAACACACUCCCCCUGCUACUCAAAAUUCUCAGCUCCCAGGAGUAAAGAGUCAAGAUUCCAAGACACCUGAUCAUAAGCAGCAGGAGGACAGGAAACUAGAGUUAGAGGGUGCUCCAAAGAGUAGGAAAGUGAACCCUCUUGACCGUGUUGUGGCCAAGCUGAGUGGAAAGACAGAGGAGAAGAGUGGUGCUGAAGGUGGUGGUGGUGUCAAGAAUGUCACCGUUAAUCUGACUGAACUCAUGACUAUGGAAGAAGAACAGACUGAGGAUGACAGCUCAGCCAAUGAUGGCAGUGACCCCCAUGCCAAGAUUCAUAUGAACCAGGAAAGUCAGGCCCUGACCAGACAGAGGGAGGCGGAGGUGAGAGAGCUGCAGCGCAGUCAUGAAGCUCAGUUGAAGUCCUUGAAGGAGCGGUUAAACAAAGAAUACCAUGACUUAGAAGAAAAACUAAGAUCUGAACACAAUGCAGCUCUCAACAAACUUAAGGAACAAGAGAAAAAGAAGCUGGAAGCCUCACAAAAUCAAAUUCUGCAAAAGGCUGAGGAGGAUAACAAGAAGAACCUAAUUGAAGCAAAAGCCCGCCUUGAAAAGGAGCACGCUGAAAGAAAGAAAAAGCUUCUUGAAGACAUGGGAAAGAAUAAUGAGGAAGAGCUGGAACAGAUGAAGGUGGAGUUUGUAAGAGAAAUGCAAAAGAAGAAGGAGGAGCUGUUAAAGGAACAUGAGGAGGAGAUGAAGGACUUGGAAAAGGACCUAAAAGAACUCUAUGCCCAGCAGAAGGCUGAAAAACAGAAGGAGCUUGAUGCUGCUCAGACGGCCUCUGCCACACGGAGCACAAGUGACUCAGCAGCAGUGCCAGCAGCAGUAUCAGAGCUGGAGCUGAGCAUGGAGGAGGUGCUGCGGCAGAGACAGGCACAGAUCAGGCGAGAACACUCUAGGCAACUGGCCACUCUGGAAGAAAAGCUUGAUGAGGAGCUGGAGAAGGCAGCAAGUCUAGCUAAAGAAAAAGAAACUAUGGAAAAGAAGAAUCAUUCAAAUAGUUUGACUGCACUGAGAGAGGACCAGGAGCAAGAGUUGGCAGAGCUGGAAGAGUGCCAUGCCAGACAGCUGCAGGACCUGGAGGCUGAGCACAAGCAUGAUGUGGCCAAGCUCAAGUCUGAAUUUAAGGCUGAACUGAUUAGGCAAAAGACAGAACUGGAAAGCAAACUAACUGAGUUUAGAAUUGAAUAUGAACAAAAAAUGGACAGCUUAGGACAGGAGGAAGAAGAAAGAGAGGUAGAGGAGGAAAAAGAACAGACAGAAGAGCCUGCAGAAGACAGAGAAGCCAGUGUGAGAAGGUCUCUUGAAAGAAAUGAAGAAAGGAGUGAAAGUAAUAAUGAAAAGUACAAAGGGAAGACAAAAAACAAUAUACAAGAAGAUGGUUCAUCAUCAUCUGAGGGUGUUACAAGAGGAAAGGAACGACUGCAAGGUGAAGAAAAGAAGUAUGAUGAUAUAUUGAAGGAGCUACAAGACAGACGUAAGAAUUUAGAAGAUGAUCUUGAUGAACUGAAAGAACAGGAGAACAAAGUCAAAGAGUUGAAAAGUCAUCAUUUGGCAGACUCUCACUCACACUGCAGCAAGAGUAUGUGUAUUCAUGAAACUAAAUACAAUAAGAUGAAAACAAAGUACUCCACUUUAGUAAGUCGCAUAAAAUCUCAAAAAGCAAAGAAAUCCUCCAGGCCCACACCAGCCACCCAGAACACUGUGUCACUCUCCAGCGAUAGGUGCAGCAUGGAAAGCAAUGCCAGUGCCUGUGACAGUGGACAGCCCUCAACAGACCCCAGCCUGAGUACUACCUCAUCCAGCCCCUUCCAUGCCAUGUUGCACAAAACUCACCACUACCACAGCACCACAAGUGAAGCCAGUGAGGAUGAGGAGAUUAAAUUUGCAACAGAAGUCUUGGAAAAGUACAAUAGAAUUGCUAGUCACAGGAAUGCACAUGGGCUACAGAAUGACCACUUAAGGCACCAAGUCAUGACUCCAUUUUCCAGCACCCCAAAGAAGGCUUGGGUAGAUGAUGAACUGCUGGCCCACGGCAGAAAAGAAUUGAACAGAGCAAUAAAGCACCUCAGAUCUUGCGAUCUCAAAAAUCAACAAGAAAGAAGAGAUAUAGCGGCAGAAGAUGUGCAGAGGGAAAUCCUACAACAGAAUGUAGAUUAUAGCAGAUUGAAACCAAAGGUUGGACUGGUAAAGCCUCCUCUGGCCCCUGGAGGCUCCCUGUCUUCAGACACAGAAAGUGAUGAGCCGACCCGUGAUGUGCCCUCACCAGCCUCUGACUUUGGCCUGGACAGAAUGCUGGAACAAAUUGGCUCUGCUAAUAUGAAGGUUCACAGUUAUCCUCAAAAGCAUUCCUCAAGGGAGAGAUACAGUGGCCCUCGUCCCACAGGCAGCCUAGAGGUUGACUUCAACAUCAUCACAAAUCCCUACAGAUCUCAUUCCUCAGAAGGGCCCCUCCACUUACACCACCUCACCACUGGCUCUGUGCCUGAUCUUGGACCUGAGACUGUUGAUAGAAUUGCCAAUGUGAACCGUUACCUACAACAGAGAUGGACCAGCUACUUUGGAGAGCUUUCUGUACCACUCGGGGGCAAAGUGGGAUGGCCAGCUCAAGUCAUAGGCCAGUCUACACUUCUAGCCAGUAAAAGUACAGCUCCCAGUAAUGCCAACAUCCCAGAGAAGAAAGAGAGGAACAGUUUCCUUGUGGCUGACAGGGAUGGACAGAAAUCUCAUGAAAAUAGUAGAAAUGUCCGUGAGAAGAUAGAUGAUCUGCGUGCAUGGUUACAGGAAGCUCAGGCAACCUCUGUAAGCUUUUUUGACAAGUAACACAAAACUUCCAGGUCAUAUGGUAUACUGCAGAUGGUAGAAGUGUAAAUUUCUGUCUCUACCUUAUGGUCAGUGAUGAGUAAAGAGUUCAUGUGUCAGGGCAUAGAUGACUAUUGUUUAGGUUACCAUUACCUUCUGUAGGAGAUGUAGAUUCAUAGAGAUAUAUGUCUUACUCUGGUCUUUAGUAUUAUUGUGAUUGUCUUGUUCAAUGCCUUUUUUGUGUCUGCAUGAAUGGUGUUCAGUACAACUAUUUAUUAUUACUUCAUAGGCCCUAGUCUUCCAAAAUAUUUUGAAUUCUACUUGUUAGGGACUUAAUUUCAUGCAAAAUUUUUAAUUUGCAAAUUUAACUGCUGCACCACAAGUAGGCAGCAAUAUAGUACCGAAAUAUAUCUCCUGUAAGGUCCUCAUAAUAUUUCACACUGUAGACUCUAUUAAGAUAUUUACCUAAGUACAAAAUGAUAGAGUCAAUGAUAAUAGAUUAUGAAGGUUAACAUGUUACAUAUUGUCAUGGGGAAUUGUGUUUUUAUAUAUUUCAUAAUGAUACCUUUGAAAAGUCACUUUUCAUUUAAGUACUGGUAGACUCUCUAAACAGUAAAUAUAUAUAAUUAUGUACAGCAAUAUUUUGUCCUACAGUUUAUUAUUAAAAAAAUGAUGUAAAGAGCCUAAAUCUAGCCCAUACUCAAUAAUAUUCUAGUCAUAACUCUCAAGGACUAAUGCAUAGGUUCCUUCAUCAAAUCUGCAAGAUGGUUACAUUAUGAACAAGUGCCAUUACAUUCAGACACACACCAUUUAUGUACCAUACCUUGUGGCUUAUAAGGUACUGCAGAUAUUACAGAGCACCCCAGUGUAUAUAGGAUUAUUUUUAUGAAAAAUAUGUUGUCCACUAGAGGUAUGUAAUGCCAUAUAUAUUAAUAUUUAUCUGGGAUGAUGAUAACCAGAGACCUCAGGUGACAUAAGAACAUUAGAACAUAGGGAUGCAGCAAGAGGCUGAAUAGCCGACACAAGGCAGCUCCAGAUUCGCCCCCCGCUACCACCUGUCAUCCUCAUCCAUUUAGCUAUCAAGUCUACUCUUAAAACAAGCUAUCGUCCCUGCACUCACUAUGUGAUUGCUGAGUCUAUUCCAUUCCAACAUGAGUAUUCCAUUCCCCCCUGAGUCUAUUCCACUCCCCCUGAGUCUAUUCCAUUCCCCCAAGUCUAUUCCAUAUGCAUGAGCAUGGCUUGGGACACAUAGUAAUAGCUGUGUCUGCAUUUUGAGAACUUUUUUUUCUAACAUAUUUUCAAUCAAGCCCUUCAAGCCUACCUUCACCCCUUUCCACCAGGUCACUCAUCCACUGGCAUAUAAAUCCUGAAUAAAUCCGUCCCCAAAGCGUG